AUGUGGGGAUUAGUAAAAAGCUCUUCAAAAAAGAAUAUAAAUAACGAAGAAAUAAAUAAUGAUGAAACAAUAGAUUAUGAUGAGGAAGGAGAAGAAGAAAAAAAAAAUGUUACGAAUAAUAUGAACGGUAAUACUAAUGUAGAUGAAACUAAAUAUGAAGAUACUUUAAAGGAUGAAAAAGGAAAUGUUAUGGAUGUUGAUAAAGAUGAUAUGGAAAAUACGGAAUGUAUAUUAAACUCAGAUGAAAUUAAUAAAAAGAUUGAAAGCGUACUAAAUAAUUUAUCUUCUGAUGAAGAAGAAGAAGGAGAAGUUGUUGAAGAUGAAAUACCUUAUGAACGUGUUAACGAAAAAAAUAAAGAAAAUAAAGAAAUAAUUUUAUUAAAUAUAUAUUUAGAACUAUCAAAUGAUCAUUUGGAAAUGUUAUUAAAAAUUUUUGGAACAGUUGAAAAAAUAUAUAUGGAUGAUAAUGAAGGUGUUCAUGCUAUAUAUACAUCUUUGUCAAGUGCAAAAAAAGCAAAAGAAUUUUUAGAUAAUUUAAAAAUAAAAAAUAGAAGAAUGCAAGUUAUAUAUGGGAAUUAUAAAAAGAAUUCUAAUAUGAAUCAUGUGGAUAAUAAAAGGAAUACAUAUAUAUAUAAUAUGAAUAAUGAAUAUAUAGAAGAGAAUAUAAAUAAUGAUCAUAUAUAUUUAAAUAAUUAUGUUAAUAAAGAUAGAAACAAUAAACAUGAAUUAUACUUUAAACAUUAUAAUGAUAAUUCAAAUAUUCUUUAUGAUCAUUUAGGUAAUCCUAUAAAGAAAAAUGUUGUCUUAUAUAAAAAUAAAAAAUAUUAUAUGAAUAAUAUGAAAAUUAAUAAUAAUUCCCCUUUAUAUAAAAAUCAUCAUAUGAAAGGUAAAAAUGUCUUACUGAAAAAUAAUAUGUUUGAUUCAUCAUUACCUAUGCAUUUAAAUAAUGAUUAUAUGAUGACAUCUGAUGGACAUAUUAAAAUAUCUGAAGUAAAUAAAGAAAAUAAUAAUGAUCAGCAGGAUAUACCUGACUAUUUUCAUCAUAGUAAUCAUUUUUCACAUAUCCCCCCUCCCCCUCCUCCAACAAGUUUAUACAACAACAAUAAUGAUAAUGAUAAUAAUAAUAAUAUUACUAAUAGUCAUAUGGGUGAAUACAAUGAUAACCAUAGUGAUGAGGAUAAUAAUAAUAAUAAUAAUAAUAAUAAUCUUUCUUAUAAUAAUAGUCGUGUAAAUACAAACAAUUCUUCUUAUCGAGGGAAAAAUAAUAAUAUGCAAAACGAAAAAAAUAAUUACAACAAAUUGAUAUACAAUAAAUAUGUAAAUGUACCAAAUGAUAAUAUAGGAAAUAAUUUAUUACAUUCUAAAUAUAAUAAUAAUAAUAAUAAUUUUGAAAUGUUUAAUACCAGUAAUUAUAAUUUUUCAUAUCAAAAAAAUAAUUUGUCUUCACACGAUUAUAAUAAUAAUAAUAAUUAUAGUAAAGGAUUAUAUUCAAAACAUAUCCCCCCCCCACCAUUUAAUGAGCAUAAUAAUUUCACAACCUUAUCCAUGUCCAAUAUUAAUAUGAAAAACAAAAAAGAAAAUAGUAAUUUUAUAAAUAGUCAUAAUGACAAUGAUAACAAAGAUAAUUCGCUUUAUAAUAUAAAUGAAUUUAUUGAAAUAAAUGAUAAUAAUCCUUUCAAUAUUCAUAGUGAACAUAUAAUGAAAGAUAAUUUCUUAUGGAUUACUAGAAAAGAAGAAAAAGUAUUAAAUUGGUCAACACAUUUAUCUAUAGAAGAAAACCAUUUAGAUUUUUUACAAUCUUUUAAUAUAUAUAAAUUAUAUAAUAGAUAUUUGUUAAUCACUAAUAUUCCUACAAAUUUAAGAGAUACUCAUAAAUUAAAAGAUUAUAUAAAUAACCUAUUAACAAUUGAUAAAAAAUAUAAUGCAUGUGUCGAUGUUAUCUUUUUCGAUGCUGUCAAAAAUAAUAACCAAACGUUAUUCUAUCAUGACGAUAUUAAUAAGGAUACUCAACAUGUACUACAAACCACACAAGAACAAAAGGAGGAAGAUCAUAUAAACAGUGAGCAAAAUAUAAAGCAAGAGGGAAACACAGAUGAGCAGGAACAUAUACAAAGUGAUCAUCAUGAUGAUAAAUCAAAUGGCAAUAAGGAGGAACCAGUAGAAUUAAAAGAAGAGGAAAUAACUCAAAAAGGUGGAAGAAUGAAAGGUCAAGAAAGGGCAAAGGCAGCUCCUCAAAAAUUAAGAAAAAUGAGAGGACGUGCUAAAACAAAAAAGGAAGAAAAAGAAGAAGAAAAAGAUGAAGAAAAAGAUGAAGAAAAAGAAGAAGAAAAAGAAGAAGAAAAAGAUGAAGAAAAAGAAGAAGAAAAAGAAGAAGAAAAAGAUGAAGAAAAAGAUGAAGAAAAAGAAGAAGAAAAAGAAAAACAAGAACAACCGGAGGGAGAACAGAAUGAUGACAAUAUAGAAAAUGAAAAAAACGAUCCUAAUGAUGACAGCCACAAUAAUGGUGUUUCAGAUUGGAUAGAUAAGAAGAACGAUGUGAAUAAAAAUGUGUAUGCACAUUUAACCUUUCGAACCAUAAAAAAUUGUACAGAAGCAAAAAAAAUUUUAGAAGAAAAGAAUUUUUUAGUAACUUAUACAUCACCACAUAAACCUAACAACUGUUUAUGGGUAGGAAAUAUAUUAAAAAAUUAUUUUUUUAACACAGCGAAUAUAUUAAAAACAAUGUUUAGUUAUUUUGGAGAGAUCAGAAAUAUUAAAUAUGUAAAUGAUAAGAAUUGUUUUUUUUUACAAUAUAAAAAUGUAGAAUCUGCAGUAAAUGCAAGAAAUCACAUGUUCGGUAUACAGAUAUCUAAAAGUACUAUUCUAAAUAUUGAUUUUUCCAUAUUAAACGAAUGGGAAAAUAAACAGAAAAUAAAUUUAUCAAGAAAACGGUUCUUAGAUAAUAACGAAACACAAGAUAGAUUAGAAAAUAAAUAUCAUAGAAAAAAUAAUCCUUAUGCUGAUUCCAAGACUAUGUCAUUAUUAAAAAGAAAUCGUUACAAAAAAGGAUAUGCAACAACAAAUAGUAACAAUUAUUAUAAUAAUAAAUAUGAUGAUCAUAACUCAAAAAAAAAGAUUCAUAAAGAUUCAAAUUAUCUAAUCGAUAAAAAAAAUAAUCGCACUAGAAAAAGCAAAUCAUAUAAAAGUUCGCAUCAUGAGAAAAGUGAUAAUCAGAGAAUUUUAAAAAGAAAAGCAGAUGAUCAUGAGCAUUAUAGAGAUAGUAAAAAGAAUAAGAGAGAUUAUUUAGAUGAUCAUAAACAUAAUUAUAAUGAUGAUAAUAUGUUUAAUGAUCAGUAUAAUAGUAUACAUACUGAUAUGGAACAUGAUAAUAGUCUAGAUGGGAAAAAAGAAAAAAUAAUCGCCUUUUAUGUUAAUCAGAAAUAUAAAUGUGAUUUUGUAGCAACCUUAUAUGAGGGAGAUCCAAAACUUAAAAUAUAUUCCAAAUUAAAUGUGGAAACAAAGAGUGACAUUAAAAAUUUGAAACAAAUAAAAAGUACAUGCACCAAUUAUGCCAUAUGGAAAUUAGGACCAACACCGAGCCAGACUAAGAAAUUUACUCACAUCUGUGAUCAUUUUAGUAAAAAGAAAAACAUUCCCGUUAUCAUAAAUAAGGAAUGUACAAUUUUUAUUGUCCCAAUAAAAGAGGAAUAUUUAAAAGAUUUACAAAUCGAAAAUAUGGAGUAUAUGUAUGCUUACGUUCUGGAGACAAAAAAAACUUAA